UUUUUUUGGUGUUCCUGGGGAGAUCGAGAGAGUGCCAAGUUUAAGUCGCACAAAUUGGCGACGGGGGAUGGAUGCGACGGGGAGAGAGAGUGUGGGUGUGUGAGGCAAGGUCGGAACAAAAAAGAGCGGUGAUGGGAUGGAUGACAAUACCGGUAUCAGUUUGCUGCAACCGCCCCGGGCCAGACCAUGUAAAAAAGGGGGUAAUUUGUCACACCAAGGCUGACUCGUCGUAGCUUUAGACGAUGGCGAAAGUUGGAAUCUAUUAUGGCAUUCUUAGAGGAGACGGGGCGGAUUGGCAGAUGGAGCAAAGCGGUCGGCGAGGGUGGUUUUUCCCCCCAAGACAAGGAUUGCCAUUCCGCAGUCGCUCACGAGGAUCGGAGUGGCAUCAAUGCGCGAUGGGGAUCAAGAUUGGGUGUGUCAGCAAACUCGAUUUGACGACACGACGGGGCCAUGGGAUGG